CAGAAGAGUUUUUUCCUUCUUUUUUUGAACGGUUCGAGGGAGAAGCUUAUGAUAAGCAAUGGUUGGAAGAGGGAAGGCAGCAUCAUCAAUUGCGAGCACAUUUACAUAUUUGUUGCGGAUAUGGAGAGAAUGGGAUGUGAGGGGGAUGGUUCUCCUAAGCUUGCUCUUGCAAAUAGCCCUCUAUGUCUUCGGCAAACACAGAAAGUACAAUGUUAGACUUACAAGAAGAAUGAUUCUCUGGUUUGCCUACAUAAGUGCGGACUGGCUCGCCAUUGCUGCUCUUGCUAAGCUUUCUAGUGCUCAUGCAUUGUCUCCCACAAAAAAUGUUCUAAGAGCACUAUGGGCUCCCAUACUGAUACUGCACCUCGGUGGCUCGGAUACCAUCACUGCUUACACCCUGCAAGAUACCCAGCUCUGGACCAGACACAUCCUCACCUUAGUGGUACAAUCCAUCUUUGCCAUUUAUGUCAUUUAUUUGUCAUGGACCUAUCUUAGGCUUUCCAUUUUGACCAUUCCUCUCAUAUUAGCUGGAAUAAUUAAAUAUGUGGAGAGGAUUUUGUGUCUUGAGUUGACGAACUCAAAGAAAACAAAAUCGGUCAUCGCCAAUUCUUAUCAUAAACGUGGGUUUGAGAGAGUACGAUUCGUUGAAAACCUUCUAAAGGAAUGUCCAGAAUCCAAAAUCGUGUUACUAGGCUAUUUAUUGUUUUCAGUUAUGAGACCAGAUGCAAAUGAUUAUCUGAGCGGUAAUUUGUAUCUUCAAUCCUAUGUAAAAAGGAUAAAAACUUAUUUGAGGCCAACUGAAUUCAACCAUGAGAGUCUAAUGCUGGCAGAUUUGCUUCAAACAGCAGAGCUAAGGGAAACUCCAUUCGACAUAGCUGCUGCAGAAAUGGGGUUCAUAUUCGACACUGUGUACUCAAAAACUUCUUUGAUUUAUACCAAUAAAGGAUGUAUCUUGCGUCUCAUCAGCUUCACUUGCUCCUUUUCAGUUUUACUGUUCUUUCUUAUCAGCAUCAUGAACGAGCCGAAUUUCCAUUUCUCAAGUGUUGAUAUUCACAUAACAAUCACCUUGUUGGUUGGAGUUGUGGUGUUGGAAUUUUUUGCAGUGUGCUCAAUGUUUUCUUCUCAUUGGACAAUUCCUUUGAUGCUAUUUCAUGAAAGUCGUUGGGUCCGCUAUAUCCUCUGGUACAUCUUCAAAUACUUUCCUCGCUCGUUAUUUCCAAGAAGAUAUAGGAAGUCAGGUAGGAUGGGGCAAUUUAAUUUGUUAGAGUAUUACUGGAAUUCCAGUAAUUCCAAGGUUUAUGGCUUUCUAGAAACGUGUUUUAGCAACCGUAUUCUUGAAUAUUUGCACAAGUACAACUAUACUAAGUUUGUGGAGGUUCCAAGGUGUUUAAAGCUAACAGCAGAUUACCGAGUUCAUUUAAAUUCCUUUUUUAAGGAUGAUUUAUCCUUUGAACCAACAAGGGGGGAAAAGAUGCUUGAUAAAAUCAAGGAAAAGGCAACAUUUGGUGCUCGACAAUAUACUAACCUGAAAGAGAGCAUUGAAUUGGACUUUGAUACUAGCAUUAUAGUCUGGCACCUAGCCACGAGUAUUUGUUACCAUCAAGAUGUCCAGCAUCCAUACCGAAAUAUCUUGAUUGAAGACAGAAAAAGCAGCAAAUAUUUAUCAGAUUAUAUGAUGUAUCUGCUGGCCUUGCAACCUAAUAUGCUAUUGCCUGAGAACUGUCGGAGUUUUUGGUUGGAUGCUUGCAACAUGCUUAAAGAUCUUUUCUCCGAAGAAGCGGAUAUGGAUCAUGCUUUAAAAUUAUUGCUAAACCAGAAUGCGCCCUAUGCAUGGUACAAUAUCAGCACUAAGAUGGCCGAAAAAAGGAAAAAGAAAUUGUACAGUACCAUGGAAGACCCUUUGAGUGACUUGCUGCGGUAUGCUCUAAAGCUAGUGACCGUCCUCAACUCAAGACAAAUAUGUGAUAGAUGGAAGAUGAUAAAGGAAAUGUGGAUGGAGAUGCUUCUCUAUGCCGCGCAUUCGUGCCAGCAAGCAAACCACAUUAAGCAGCUGGCACAAUCCGACCAUGAAUUCCUUACCCUGAUCUGGAUCAUGGGAGGAUCCUAUUUUUUAGAAACCUUGAUCAGUUUGAAUAUGAUUCUUCCUAAAUGAAAUAGGGAUAUAUUUCCUUUAUAAUGGGCACUUGGCUCGGGCUUUGUCUCGGUCCUUGUUGACAAAUGAUUUUUUUGUUUUUAUUUUCUGAAUUUGAUUCUGAAUUUCGAGGUUGAAAUGUCAAGUCGUAUGUCUGCAGACAGUGCAACAGACAACAUAAAAUGGUGUCUUUUGGAGACAACCAUAGGAGAUAUUUGUUUAGCAUCUAUAAAUAAGACUUCUUCCA